GAAGCGACGCUUGAAGGUGUACCAGUGGCAAGGAUGCAGAGUGGCACCAAUAUUAGGAGAAUAAAAGCCUGCUUGCAAAACAAUGUUUCCGAAAGGAAUUAUGACCCUGAGGAUCAAUGCGGAACCAACGGAUGCAGUGUCGUGAAAAAGAAACCCAAAGUGAGCUUUUACCUGCUACACGAAGGCGUCGGAGUCGCACUGGUGACUGUAUUUAUUCUGGUGCUGUGGGGACUUGUUCAUUUAUCAUUACAGCAACUUGUCUUUGGAAAAGCUACUGGCGAGUUCAAUGCUGUCAGGGCAAGGAAGCACCUGGAGCGCAUCACCAGCGUCGGCCCCCGUCCCGUGGGCAGCCGAGAGAACGAGGUCCUAACGGUAAACUUCCUGCUGGAGCAGAUAGAGCACAUCAAGACCAUUAGCGCCUCAGGACCCAACUCUGUCACUGUGGACGUACAGAGACCCACGGGCUCCUACAAGUUCCUGGGAGGGAUCACAUCCUACUGUAAGGUCAGCAACAUUGCUGUCCGUCUGGAGCCCAAGGCUGGGGCUCAGCACCUCAUGCUGGCCAAUUGCCACUUUGAUACUGUGGCCAACAGUCCAGGUGCGAGUGAUGAUGCGGUGAGCUGUGCGGUGAUGUUGGAGGUGCUCCACUCCCUGGCCAAUCUCUCCACUCCCUUACGACACGGGGUAGUGUUCCUCUUCAACGGGGCAGAGGAGACCAUGCAGCAGGCGAGUCAUGGCUUCAUCACUCAGCAUCCCUGGGCCAAGCAGGUCCGAGCCUUCAUCAACCUGGAGGCAGUGGGGGUGGGGGGCAAAGAGUUGGUGUUCCAGACAGGUCCCGAGAACCCCUGGUUGAUCCAGGCCUAUAAGCAUGCUGCCAAACAUCCCUUUGCUUCUGUGGUGGGACAGGAAAUCUUCCAGAGCAGGUGGAUCCCAUCCGACACAGAUUUCCGCAUCUACAGGGACUUUGGAAACAUUCCAGGCAUUGAUUUAGCCUUCAUUGAGAACGGCUUCAUCUACCACACCAAGUACGACACACCCGACAGGAUACUGACAGACUCCAUUCAGAGGGCGGGUGACAACAUCCUGGCAGUACUGAAGCACCUGGUCAUGUCUGAGGAGCUGGCGGACUCGUCCGAGUAUGCCCAUGGCAACAUGGUGUUCUUUGACCUGCUUGGCAUGGUGGUGGUGGCGUACCCGGCCCAUGUUGGCACCAUCAUCAACUACAUGACUGCCAUAGCAACCUUCAUCUACCUGUUUAAGAAGUGCUUCCAUCCCAGCAACAUGGGAGGUUGUUACGUGAAGGAGUUGGCGUGUGCCACGGUGGUGGUCAUCCUCAGCUGGUUGGUCACUCUGCUGACCGUGAUCUUUGUAGCCUUUGUGGUGUCACUGAUGGGACGAUCCAUGUUCUGGUACAACCACUUCUACACCUGCAUGUUUAUGUACGGUUCUGCUGCCACUGGGAUGAUGGUCCUCUUCCACACACUUUCCAAAAACCUCUAUAGGGGUGUGCGUCGCCUGGAGGUGGGGGAGCUCUACUUUGAUGUGAGCCUGCUGCUGUGGUGUGGCGCGCUGGUUUACUUAACAGCUCACAGCCUUUGCUCUGCCUACGUCCCCAUGCUCAUGGUGGCCUUCCCUCUGGCCACCAAGCUGCUCCUCGCCAGGGAGUUCAAACUCCGAGGUGCUUCGGUGAAGUACUCUGUGCUCUACCAGCUGGGUCUGGCUUUGCCCUAUGUCCACUUCAUGUCCCUGAUCUGGUUGGUGUUUGAGAUCUUCACGCCCACCCUGGGGAGGAUCAACACAUGCCCUCCUGAUGUGGUCCUGGCCACCAUCGUCACCUUCACCACAUUCUUCUUCUCCUCCUUCUUUCUCCACUUUAUCUACCUGGCCAGGUCUACUAAGUGGCUGUUGGCAGGUCUUGGAACAGUGUUUACUGUGUUUCUGUUGCUUGUAUCCUGCGGUAUGUUCUUUCCCUACACAGCAGACCCCUCCGGCCCACGCCCCAAACGGAUCUCCAUCCAGCACACCACUCGUAUCUUCCACGGUCUGGACGGCCAGGUGGAGAGUAGAGACUCAGGUCUGUGGAUCAACAGCUGUGACUACACUGGCAUGCAGCACAUCACGCCUAUCAUACCAGAGAUCAAUGAUACCAUCAAGACCAAUUGUCAGGAGGACAGGCAUUUCUGUGGCUACCCCUGGUUCGGAUCUGAUAAGAAUAACUGGUACCUCCCAGCCCCUGAGGUCUUUCCCAAGUCUCCUAUGGAGUUUCAGCUCCUUUCUAAAGAGGAGACAAAAUGGGGAACAGUUAGGUUGACUUUUGAAGUCAAAGGUCCCAGCCACAUGUCCCUCUACCUCAUGCCCCACCGAGGAGCCUCUCUGUCUAGCUGGUGGUUUGGGGACGGCACCCCCCAGUUAUACCUGGCUAGAGAGUAUUUCAUAUUCUACACCCAUGGCCUGGAUGCCCCCGCCUGGAACUUCUGGUUUGAAAUACAGCCUCCCAGCGAGGAGGGCCCAGAGGGGAUGAUCUCAGUAGCCAUCUCAUCUCACUACUACUCACUACUAUCUCACGACCAGAGGACUGUUCAGCUAGACGACAUGCUACAGAGGUUCCCCAAGUGGGCGUUCCCCUCUUCCUGGGUCUCCACCUAUCACAUGUACAGAUACUGAGAUAAUGGGCCCGUUGUUGGGCCUGCUUCCCCUCCACUCCAAUACACUGAAACAGACAGACACAGAUGGCAGACACACGGACAUGCAUGUCCCCAGUUCACUGGCAUAUUCAAGAGAACCCCACCAUCACGUUGUCAAUAGGCUAGUUGCUAACAGGAGAGCCACUUAAGGCAAGCAACCUUUUUUAUACAGUAUAUUGUAACAGGUAGGACAAUAAAAUAACUAACUUACUGACAAGGGCAUGGUCCACCGGAGUUCUUCCUUUUUUUUUGUGGGGAGAGAGGUAAUUAGGGCGUUGUUUUUUUUACUCUCUUUACCUAACUGUUUUGUAUCUAUUCUACCUCCUGCCAGCUCUGUCAACAAGCAUGAGGUCAAAAGCAUCAGUCUAUAGCGUCACUAUCUAUAUUUUCAGGAAAGGCUACAGUGGAUGGUUAUAUCUCUAACAUGUCUGGUUCUGACCUUUCCAGGGCCAAGCAUAAAGGGACAAUUCACAUAUUUUACAUUUCCCUAGGGUGUAUUUUGUUACCUUCAAACAGUUAUAUAUAUAUAUAUAUAUAUAUAAAAAAUGUUUUAAUUGGUUGAAUGAAAGUUUGUGUGAAUUAAAUUGUCAUGUUUGGAUUGUUUAUAUUUUAUUGUACUGCAAGUGCUAUGAAUUCAUUUUUUUACAGGGAAACUGGAUAGUUCAGAGGGCACACGGGUGCACUCCUAUCAUUUAAAUAUAGUUGAUUAGAUUAAAAUCGGUCUUUUGUUUUAACUAGCAAAGUGCAAUGAAAUGUUAAUUCAAGUUGUGAGUUUUUGCAUGAAUUUGGUUAAAAGGACAGUGAAUUUGUUCGUACUUUGAGAACUUGCUACCAAGCUCGUGUGUAUCAGACACACUUAUUUCUCAGAGAUGAUGCUAAACUGAAGACAUGUUACUACUGUUGGGUUCUGAGAAUAUGAAAUAUACUUAUUCAUGUCACUGAGGGAGAGAGGGUAAUGUGUAACGUUAUAUCAGAUAUCCUAUUGAAAUAUUGAGUGCAGGAAAGCAAUCACAUGUGGCAGGCAUUGAUAAGGGGAGAAAGCCAUGGAUCAGUGAUGAAGCGGGGUCGAGAUCAGAUCAGGUCAUGUUAAGGGAGAAAAAUAAGUUUAUGGCCCGUAUCACUUAGUGUCCUGCCUAGCAGUAAAGAUGCAAUGUUUGUACAGAUGUGUAGGAGGAGACUCAGCCUAGGAGGAAGGGUUAAAUAUCAGUGCUUGUGUGAAAAUGUUUUUGUCUGAAUGCAGCCGUCUGGACCCUCUGGGAGGAAUAAACUUGGUUACGCUUU